GAAGGCCAGUGUUUCUAAUGCAAAUAGCCAUGUUCUGAAUACUUUUUAACCAAAUUCAACAGAUUUUUUUCUUGCACCAUGCAUGAGUGUCACAAAUUUGUUUUUUUUUCUCUCAGGACAUUUACUCAGUUAUAUUAUAUUUCUUUAGGUUACAGCAUAAAUUUGGGGCUUUUGAGAAAACAGACGUCCCAGACGACACCCCCAGUUGGGACUGUCCUCUAAAGGUUGGGGCUUAGUGAGAAAGAUGGAAGUAGUCCAGUUCUUAAUGGUUUUGAUUGGAGAGAUGAUGGGUGGUUGGUGCGGAUUAGCCUUUGCCGGUUGGUUAGCUGUGAGCUUUAUUCCUGAAUCUAAUUUUAUCCCAUGACAAAAAGUUGGAUCAUACUCUGGCCAAACAAGUUAUUCUUCUUUUGUUGUCAGGUCUGCCUCUCUUAGGAGGUAACUCGCCACCUCUGUGCAUUGUGUACAGAGGGGUGGGUUGAUGAUUAGUCACCCCUGCUGCAAAGAGAUGAUUAGAGGAUUCACCACUUUGUUUUAACUGCAAGACUCAGUCAGAGGAGCACCAGCAACUGCCAAACAAAUGUCUCUUUUGGAAGAUUUUACUUCCUCCCUUUUCUCUAAUUCAGCCACGUUGCUGGUUGUUGUUGUCCUUCUGCUCGCGCUCUAUCUUUUUUCCAGCAGUUUUGUUUCCCAGGAAAUGGGGAAGAGGCCUCCAGGACCACGGCCUCUUCCCUUGCUUGGCAACUUGUUGCAGCUUGAUCUCAAGAGACCCUAUAAUACUCUCUGUGAGCUUUCAAAGAAACAUGGGUCUGUGUUUACGGUGUACUUUGGAACCAAAAAAGUGGUGGUCCUGUCUGGUUACAAGACAGUCAAAGAGGCUCUGGUCAGCAACGCAGAGGAGUUUGGAGACAGAGAAAUCACCCCUAUUUUCUCUGAUAUAAGUCAUGGUCAUGGGAUUCUGUUUGCAAAUGGAGAAUCAUGGAAAGAAAUGAGACGUUUCGCUCUCACCACCCUGAGAGACUUUGGGAUGGGCAAAAGACUGGCUGAACAUAGAAUCUUGGAGGAAUGCCAACAUCUGAUUCAAGUGUUUGAAAAACACAAAGGGAAAUCAUUUGACACAGCCCACCCGGUGAAUUAUGCAACAUCGAAUGUCAUCUGCUCUAUUGUGUACGGCAGCAGGUUUGAAUAUGAUGACCCCCGAUUCACAAAGAUGGUGCAGAGAGCCAAUGAGAACAUACGUGUUGUCGGCUCUGCAGCAAUCCAGCUCUACAACAUGUUUCCCAGGUUUGUCAGUUGGGUGAAAACCCGGCAGCUGGUAAUAAAAAAUGUUGAGACAACUCUCAGAGAUGUCAAAGAUUUAAUCAAGCAUCUGAAAGACACACUGAACCCUAACGACUGCAGGGGGCUUGUGGACUGUUUUCUGGUUCGGAAGCAGAAAGAAGAGCCAUCCCCAGAUUCACUCUUGUUGGUUGUUGUUGUCCUUCUGCUUGCGCUCUAUCUUUUUUCAAGCAGUUUUGUCUCCCAGGAAAUGGGGAAGGGGCCUCCAGGACCACGGCCUCUUCCCUUGCUUGGCAACUUGUUGCAGUUUGAUCUCAAGAGACCCUAUAAUACUCUCUGUGAGCUUUCAAAGAAACAUGGGUCUGUGUUCACGGUGUACUUUGGAACCAAAAAAGUGGUGGUCCUGGCUGGUUACAAGACAGUCAAAGAGGCUCUGGUCAGCAACGCAGAGGAGUUUGGAGACAGAGAAAUCCCCCCUAUUUUCUCUGAUACGAGUCAUGGUCACGGGAUUCUGUUUGCAAAUGGAGAAUCAUGGAAAGAAAUGAGACGUUUCGCUCUCACCACCCUGAGAGACUUUGGGAUGGGCAAAAGACUGGCUGAACAUAGAAUCUUGGAGGAAUGCCAACAUCUGAUUCAAGUGUUUGAAAAACACAAAGGGAAAUCAUUUGACACAGCCCACCCGGUGAAUUAUGCAACAUCGAAUAUCAUCUGCUCUAUUGUGUAUGGCAGCAGGUUUGAAUAUGAUGACCCCCGAUUCACAAAGAUGGUGCAGAGAGCCAAUGAGAACAUACGUGUUGUCGGCUCUGCAGCAAUCCAGCUCUACAACAUGUUUCCCAGGUUUGUCAGUUGGGUGAAAACCCGGCAGCUGGUAAUAAAAAAUGUUGAGACAACUCUCAGAGAUGUCAAAGAUUUAAUCAAGCAUCUGAAAGACACACUGAACCCUAACGACUGCAGGGGGCUUGUGGACUGUUUUCUGGUUCGGAAGCAGAAAGAAGAGGACUCUUCAGUUGGGGACACUCACUACCAUGAGGAGAACUUGAUUAAUACAGUUAACAACCUGUUUGCUGCUGGGACUGAUACCACAGCUGCUACACUGAGAUGGGGUUUGCUGCUCAUGGCUAAAUACCCACAUAUACAAGACCAGGUCCAGGAGGAGCUGGGCAGAGUGGUUGGAAGCCGUCUGGUCAGUGUAGAUGAUUGUAAAAACCUGCCCUACACUGAUGCUGUCAUCCAUGAGACACAGAGACUAGCCAACAUUGUCCCCAUGUCCCUUCCUCACAAAACCAGCCGAGAUGUCACUUUCCAGGGCUACUCAAUCCCAAAGGGGACUACUGUGUUUCCUCUUCUUACUUCUGUCCUCUAUGAUGAGAGCGAAUGGGAGACCCCACACACUUUCAACCCUUCUCACUUCCUGGAUCAGGAGGGUAAUUUUACUAGGAGAGACGCCUUCAUGCCGUUUUCUGCAGGUCGUAGGAUGUGUCUUGGGGAAGGUCUGGCUAAGAUGGAGCUUUUCCUCUUUUUCACCUCCCUCCUUCAGCGCUUUCGUUUCACUCCUCCACCUGGAGUCACAGAGGAUGAACUUGAUCUGACACCAGCUGUAGGCUUCACCCUCACUCCUUCACCUCAUGAGCUGUGUGCCGUCAGUCGUCAAUGAGAAAGAGAGAUAGAGCAUGGCAUGGCAGAGGCAUGACACACUUAGCAGCCAGCAGAUGUCCCCAUCCUCAAGAAUACCACCAGGAGACAGAAAGUUGACUUCAGGUCGGCUAAUUACCUGAAAUGACACUGAGUCAAAAGAAUGUUGUCAUACACAGGUGGAGAUACUGACAAGUAUUUUUUAGUUUGUACACAUCUAGUAUGCAAGAUUUUGGGGCAUCUGUUGGCAGAAAUGGUAUAUUAUAUUCAUUAUAUUGUUUUCAUUAGCUUAUAAUCACCUGGAGAUAAGAAAUGUUGUGUUUUUGUUUCUUUAGAGUGAGCCGUACUCACAGAGCAGGUCCUCUUCCACAGAGAUUGCUGUGUUGUUCUACAGUAGCCAGAAUGGACAAACCAAACACUGGUUCUAGACAGGACCAUUUGUGUACUCACAUGAACGUAGCUCCAAUACACUCUCGGCACAUUGGAGUUUUAGUUCUGCAACCUAACCAGUAUGCCACUAAAUCCCACAAUAGAUGUAAAACCUGUGUCUGUUACUCGCAGCUAAUGAGGUAUUUAACCUGGCCUGACCUGAAUGACACGCUUCACUUCAGAUCGGUGCCACACCUUUCCCUUUACUAUAGGCCUAUAUGUACAGUAUGAUGCAUAGAUAUUAAUAAAUGUUCCAUUUCUUUGUUUUCAUCAAAAUACAGAAUGUACAAGUUCAGCGUGAACAAACAAAUCUUACAAAAAUACAAAAUACAAGUGCAAUGUCAUCCAGUGUACAAAUUAUGAAUGACAAUACUGUAUAGUUAGUUAAAUUACCUAUUUAGGUCUUACACUGACCCUUUGAACAAUUUUUAGGAAUUUGGAUUUGGACUUUUGAACUACUCAUUUUAAUUAUGACACAGCCUGUAUAUCUGUGCUUAUUUUCACAGACACAUGUACUUUAUUAUGUAGAUUGUAAUUUGUCAGAGGUUCAAUUUUUUGCAUUGUGAAGCAAAUGGCAUAAGUUAUUUACAAAAUGUUACUAUAAAGAAAUUCUUACCUGUCUCUUUAUAUAGUUGAUACAUGGUUACUAUUAGUUUUUUAUUCUUCUUCUAGGGAAUUACUUAAUAAAUUUAAAAAAAAAAACUUUUUUCUUCAGUACUUUCUGAGGGAAAAGACAACAUUGAAGUACUUCUUAGAUUUUACUGAAGGGAAAAAUAUAUUUAAACAGUUUUUUAAUUAUGAUUCAUUUAGUUACUCCAAACCCUAAUUUUUCAUCUUGCUAUCUUGUAUUGAGCACAUUCUUCCUUUGCAUAGCCUGCCAUUUAAUUGCAACAAUCUGCAGAUUGGUGAUCAGUCAUUGCA